AGACGUGGUUUCUUAAAAGGGGGGGUAAAAGAAAACCAUGUGUGGUUGCAUGUGUCGGCGCAAUUACCAACACAUCGACGGAUCCUACAUUGCUUAAAUCUGUUGCCUAUAUAACUUUUGUCGCCUCUAAUAACCGGUACUCGCCUUUCCUCGAAAAACCUGUGAUGGUUGCUGUUGAAGAGUUAUCUUCUGAUAGAUCAGACGAAGAGCAAAAGGACAACAAAGAAUUUAAAUAUAAGGGGAAGGAGAACUUAUCCUUGAAAGGAUCAAAUGUUGUAACUCGAAUCCAGAGACGCCAGGCGCUUAGAUCUUUGGACACUAACGUGAACUUAUGA